UUACGGCGCGGCUUUCGAUAAAUCCACGUAAAAGCUGGCGUCUUCGAAACCGAUUGAGAUACAUCCUCGGACACUUAACUUUAGCACACAAGGUGUUAUUUUCUACACUAUUGGAACCUAAACAAGGUAAUCUGGACAAUCAUUCACUGCUGUGAAGAUCAAUGUUGGGGAAGCACUCUUCUGCUAACGACCUGUGAUCAUGCUCAGUCCCAAAAUGCAAAAAACUGUAAACAAGAUUCGCCUCGGUACUUUGGACGCUAUUAUUUUGGAAUAGUGUGACAACUCAACGCAUAAUUACGAUGUAGCGCAUUACAUUAUGUGUGAGGGUAAAUGACGCUCAGUUAGUCAUGCUUUCGGAGAAAGCCCAUUACGAUCAUUUGCUGUCAGGAUAUUUGCACAAGCGGACAGCUGAUUCCACUAAAUGGCAACAACGAUGGUUCGUUCUCUACCAGAAUUUGCUAUUCUAUUACGAAAGCGAAAACUGUUCACGACCCAGUGGCGUCGUUCUGCUGGAGGGCUGUUAUUGCGAUCGUCUAAUCACCGCCAAAGGCAAAGAACCGGAUAAACAGCAUUGUUUCGCCAUAUCCUACAGAAGGGAGAACCAACGGCAAUACGAGCUAAAAGCGGCCACAGAGACGGACUGCAAAACAUGGAUCGAUGCAAUACGAGAAGCUAGCUUCAACAAAUUGUUGCUGCAAAAAGAGGAGCUUGAACAGAAGCACCUGCACCUGUUGCAAAUUGUCGAGAGCGAGAAAACGGCUAAGUGGCAGUAUACUCAGCAAUGCGAAGAAUUGGCAUCGGAAAUAAAAAAACUGCGAGCUGAGCUGUGCGCCAUCAAAAAGGAACUGAGACCAUCCAUAGCGCCAGCAUAUCGUGCUCGACCGGCGGUUCAAAGAGCCAUGUCUCAAGGUACCGGAAGUUUAUACAGUGAAAUUCAAUCUUUCGGCGUUGUUCACGACCCCGCCGGAUUUCCAAUGGCAGAUGCGCCCGGAUUACAUGGUAUCUCAGAGGGUUCUGUUGAAAUGCAGAAAAUCAAGAAAGUGCAAAGCUUCUUCAGGGGCUGGCUGUGCCGUCGACGUUGGAAACAGAUUGUUGAACAAUAUAUCAAAAGUCCGCAUGCCGAAAGCAUGCGCAAGCGAAACAGUCUGGUAUUUCAAAUGGUGGAGGUUGAGGAGGAGUACACAGAGCAGAUGGAGGUUUUAGUAAGCUGUUUUCUGAGGCCUUUCAAGAUGGCUGCCAGUUCAAAGAAACCCCCAUGUAGUCACGAGGACGUGAAUAGCAUAUUUUUGAAUAGCGAGACCGUGCUGUUUCUUCAUCAGAUCUUCCUGAAGGGUCUCACUUCUCGUAUGGAGAGCUGGCCCACUUUAGUUUUAGGUGACUUGUUCGACAUGCUGCUACCGAUGUUAUCGAUAUAUCAAGAGUACGUGCGUAAUCACCACUAUAGCCUUCAAGUGUUGACUGAGUGCAAGCAAUCGUCACCCUCGUUCGUAGCAUUGCUCAAUAGGUUGGAGAACAAGACUGCCUGCCACGGACACUCCCUGGAGACCUAUCUAACGUAUCCUAUGCAUCAGAUUCCAAGAUAUAUAAUUACUUUGCACGAGUUAUUGGCGCACACGCCAUAUGAUCACGUGGAACGUAAGAGCCUCCAGAAUGCCAGGCAACAGCUGGAGGAUCUCUCGAGACAAAUGCAUGACGAGGUCAGCGAAACCGAAAAUUUGAGGAAAAAUCUGGCUGUGGAGCGAAUGAUCAUCGAAGGAUGCGAUAUUUUGCUGGACGUCAAUCAAGUCUUCGUACGACAAGGUUCGCUCGUACAACUCAUAGACAAACCGCGCGAUGCGCGAAGCAGAUUAAGUGCUACUUUCGGCGGCAAAUCCUCUGGCGACAAGGAAGUGCCUAGACAGUGCUUUCUCUUCUCGAAUCAUUUGCUGCUCACGACGCGUCAAUCCGAUGAUGACGGCCGCUUAAAUCUCGUCCCGCAGACUGGCAAGAUACCUCUUUCCGAUGCGGUGCUGAUUGAAGAUCCGAGCGAAGGUGCUGCAGAUGACGAUGGAUUGUCAGUAUGUUCGAUGUCAAGCGGCAUUCGCGAGAGCAGCGGAAGCGGCAGCGGUAGCGCGACUUCCCAAUUGCAGAAUCGCGACUUCAAGAUUUUACUCGAUGUAAAAUCUGGUGGACCGCAGGUGACCGUUCAUCUCGUGGCGCCUACUAUGCAGGAAAAAGCAGCGUGGGUCAGCGAUAUUAGCCAGUGCAUGGACAACGUUCGCUUUAACGAUCUGCUCCACGGAUCGUUAUCGGACACCAGUUCCGUCACGAUGCCGCAGUCCAUCCGGAACGACCCGAAACUGUUCAAGGACGACGUGGACAUCAGGUUCAGUCGUACUUUGAACUCUUGCAAGAUACCGCAGAUCCGUUCCGCGACGCCAGAACGUCUAUUGCAGCGAUUGACCGACCUCAGGUUCCUCAGUAUCGAUUUUCUCAACACAUUCCUGCUGACGUACCGAGUGUUCACCGAUGGCGUCACAGUACUAGAGGCCCUUAAGAAAGUUUUUUACGAAGCUGAGCCACCUGACGCGCAAAUGCCCACUGGAUCCCUCAUGUCUCUAGAUGUAUUAGGAGCAAAUGCUAGCGAAAUGCAAUUGCACUCAGAAGAACGAAGAAGAAGUAGCUUUUCACCGAGACGAACUAGCGGUGCAAGUUCUGUAUCAGGAUACGGAUCGGAAGUAAGCGAUAGUCGUGACGCGAGGUCUCAUGGCUCCUUUGACGCUAAUAUGAGUGGACAUAAUUCAAAGAGUCACUGGCGAUCUGGUUACAAAAAGUUGGAUGAAGAACAAGCUCUCGGAUUAAUUUCCGAGGCGCCGGUUAUAAAACGCAGUCCAACAUCGCAAGCAUCUAGUCCAUCUAGCGCGCAAUCUCCGGUCACGCCGCGAAAAGUCAGCAUUCGCGUGGAUAACAAGGAUUCUGAAAACGACGGAUGUCAUCUGACGAUACCGAAAGUAAUAGCCGUGUCAUCCAGCUCUGAAACACUUACAGAUGUUACAGUGAUUAGUGCACCGUCUUCGCCCAGCAACUUGAGCUCUGUUACGCUAGUUGGUUCGACAGAAUCCGGAUCCGGAUCAGAUCCGAGUCCCCAAGAGGCAGGUACAUAUUCGCGUCGCGUCUCAGAAAUCGAUACACCUGUCGCAAUGGAAGAGGAUAUAAGAGAAGUACAAUUUACUUACGACGACAUACCACUACAAUCGCAAUCAGCCAUGUCUGCCAAAUUGGAUACCCCGACGAAAAUGCCUACUUCUCCGCCGAGCAAGGAAACGAAAACGGAUAAAGAGGAACAAUCUACGCCGAGCGACGACGAAAGUGUAAGCUCCUCUAAACAAUCGCAGCAGAGUCAACAAUAUCCGGAACAUAGGGCAUCGAUCGCUUCCGCUCCACCGUGUACCGGCCCAAGAAGCGGCUCGAUCUCCACCAUAACUUGCAAUUAUUGGGCGAGCAGGCGAUCGAUGCACGAGGAAGUUUCUUCGCAGCACAGCAACUUUCAGCACGAUGUUCAACAAGUGUCCAGCAAAGCUGGUGUGGUAAUAACUAGCUUCCGCCAGAGUCAUCGAAGCAUUGGACCUGAACCUAUCUGGAGCAGCACGUCUACGGCGGCGACCGCAUUCGCCAUCGCGACCUCUGCUUCGAGUAAUCCACCGGACAAAGGACCCAUGACGGACGCGAAUCGUAAUCGGGACAAAAAUAGGAGGAAGGAGUCGGUGAUGUCGACCGCCGCGACGAUGAGAGUGCUGAACGUCCUGAGACAUUGGGUGUCCAAGCAUGCUCAGGAUUUCGAGAUGGAUCAGAAAUUAAAGAAUCUGACCAUCGAGUUUUUGGAAGACAUUAAUUACAGCCCGAAUUUGCUGCCGGCUGAACACAAGGCGGCCAGUCAACUGUUGAGAUUAAUUACCAAGGAAGAACCCGACACUAAUAAGAUCGAUCUGAAGAAGCUGUUAACUCCGCCAGUGAUUCAGAGCAAGGAAAGCAUCGAGACUUUGUCUGCGCUCGAGAUUGCGGAACAGAUGACAUAUCUGGACUAUCAAAUUUUCGUCUCUAUCACCAGCGAAGAAUUUCUCGGACAAGCGUGGAUGAAGACGGACAAAGCAACUCGGGCGCCUCAUAUCCUUCUUAUGACGAAACGAUUUAAUGAGGUGUCGCAAUUAGUCGUUUCCGAGAUCAUUCGUCGUUCCAACAUGUCGUCCAGAGUUGCAGCUAUCGAGAAAUGGGCCGCAGUUGCAGAUAUCAACAGGGUUUUGCAUAAUUAUAAUGGCGUGCUGCAGAUUUGCGCAGCGUUCACGAACAGUAGUGUGUACAGGCUAAAGAAAACCUGGGAGAAAGUUUCCAAAACGACAAAACAGACGAUAGACAGAUUACAACAUAUUGUCUCAUCUGAUGGUCGCUUCAGAAAUUUACGGGAUGCUUUACGCCGAUGCGAUCCACCCUGUAUCCCUUACUUAGGUCUUUACCUCACUGAUCUUUCAUUUAUCGAAGAAGGUACUCCAAACAUUACCGACGAUGGUCUUUUGAAUUUUUCGAAAAUGCGAAUGAUCUCUCACGUAAUUCGCGAGAUACGACAUUUCCAACAAACCCCCUACAAGAUCGAAUUAAUCACUAAGGUAACCAACUAUCUGUUGGACACAUCACUCCUAUUGAACGAAAAAGACUUGUAUCGCAUGUCCUUGGAUAUCGAACCUAGAACGUCCAGGUUGAGUAGUUCCACUUUAGUCGGUCUGUCUCCUUCGGUCAGCCAUUCGUCUACGAAGUGAAUUUUGUCUCUCGUAAAGCAUUUCAGCUGCAUCUUUAUUUUCUAAUGAACGAUCAAGAAAUUCUGAAAUUUUGAAAGGUUUAACUCUCUCUGUUACGCGAGCAGCCGAUCCUUAGAACGAUCGCAAAUGCGACUCGUCGCGUUUUUCACAGCCCCGUCCAUUAUUUCUGUCCACUUCCGCUUAUGACGUAAUGUCCGACGUCCAUUUUUGUUCUCAUUUGCGUUUCACGUUUCGCAAUAUAUUUGCAUAAGCGUUAGAUAAGUAAGCUCAACAAUGAUCUCUCGUCGUCGCACAGAAUCGGCCUCUUUAUUCGCGGAAGGGAACUUAUCGCAAUUGUUUGAUAGGUAUAGCAAUUGCUACAUAACAAAUCUGAUUAGAUUUUGACGAAAUAUUCUAUGUUACUAGAAUUGCUAUCUCUUCCAUCUCUUUUAAUUAUUCUAAUAUUGAUUUUUAAAGUUCUUAAGAGAGAUGGUCCGGUCUCUCUCUCUCUCUCUCUCUCUCUCUCUCUCUCUCUCUCUCUCUCUCUCUCUGUUGUAAUCCAAAAUUUCCUAUGAGGAUAUUAAAAAAGAAAAUCGUAGAUUUUAGUAAGAAGAUUUAAUAAUAAUAAAAUAUAAUAGUAAUACGAGAGUGUAGAGAUUUCAGAAGAUUGAAUACGGCGGCGUAGCUGUAAAAUCUGCUGAUGAUAACAGUACAAGAUUAAUAAUGAGCGAUGAAAGACAUUUUCUUAUAAUUAAACCUAAUUAUGCUUAAUGUUCUCUCUCUCUCUCUC